GGCUCUGGAGGGACGCGCGGACCGAGGCGCCCAGGCACGGCGGGAGGGCGGACGGACAGACAGACACGCGCCCGGGCCGGGCAUGGGCGUGCGCGCCGGGCCACUCUGAAGCUCAGGAAGCGGGGGUCGUGGCCCCUGGGGCAGCCAUGGCCCUGCCCUUCCAGAAGGAGCUGGAGAAAUACAAGAACCUUGAUGAAGAUGAGCUUCUCGGGAAGCUGUCCGAGGAGGAACUGAAGCAGUUGGAAAGUGUUCUUGAUGACCUAGAUCCUGAGAGCGCUACGCUGCCCGCUGGGCUCCGGCAGAAAGACCAGACGCAGAAGGCAGCCACUGGCCCAUUCAACCGCGAGCACCUCCUCUCGUACCUGGAGAAGGAGGCUCUGCAGCAGAAGGACAGGGAGGACUUCGUGCCCUACACUGGGGAGAAGAAAGGGAGAGUCUUCAUCCCCAAGGAAAAGCCCGUGGAAACCCGGCAAGAAGAAAAAGUGACCCUGGACCCAGAGCUGGAGGAAGCUUUGGCCAGCGCCUCCGACACGGAGCUCUACGACCUCGCGGCCGUCCUUGGAGUACACAACUUGCUCAACAAUCCAAAGUUUGAUGAAGAGACAGCCAACAGCAAAGGCGGCAAGGGGCCUGUGAGGAACGUGGUGAAAGGCGAGAAGGUCAAGCCAGUAUUCGAGGAGCCUCCCAACCCCACCAACGUGGAAGUCAGUCUGCAGCAGAUGAGGGCCAACGACCCCGGCCUACAGGAAGUGAACCUCAACAACAUCAAGAGCAUCCCGAUUCCCACCCUGAAGGACUUCGCCAAGGCACUGGAGACCAACACGCACGUGAGGAAGCUCAGCCUGGCCGCCACGCGCAGCGGCGACCCCGUGGCCGUGGCUUUUGCAGAUAUGCUAAAAGUGAACAAGACUUUGAAAAGCCUGAACGUAGAGUCCAACUUCAUCACGGGCGCAGGGAUCCUGGCCCUGGUGGAGGCGCUUCGGGAAAAUGACAGCUUGACUGAGAUCAAGAUCGACAACCAGAGACAGCAGCUGGGAACAGCUGUGGAGAUGGAGAUUGCGCAGAUGCUGGAGGAGAACUCGAGCAUCCUCAAGUUUGGAUACCAGUUCACCAAGCAGGGGCCACGCACCAGGGCAGCAGCUGCCAUCACCAAGAAUAAUGACCUGGGGUCUAGAGAGGCGCCCGUGGCUCACCCACCUUACACCUCACCUUCCGGUAACAGCCCAUCUCUACCUACAAACCAGAGCCCACGCCAGUGUCUACUCCUCGGGUCCACUCCGGGGAAGCUGUCACAGCGACCCACGGAACAGCUGCCAUGCGGAAGGGGCGCCUGGGAGAAACCAGAUGUGUCCCCCAGCACUAGGGAAACCGCUGUCCCCCAGAUCACUGCCUUGAGAACAGUUUGGUGCUCGAAACCUGAAACCAGUGUGAAGCAUCCACCUGGUCUCCAAUUAAAGACGGUCCUGGGGAGGUUACAGAAGCUUCUGCAAAUACUUCUUUUGCAUGGAUAAGAUGUACUCGGCCCUCUCCUAGAUACUGUGGAGGAGACAGAAGAAGGAAUCGUGGCUUUAUAGAAUUUUCUGGUUGGCAAUUCAGGGUGGACGGAGUGCCUUUUGUGAAGUAGAUGCCCUCUGUAGUUCAUAUCUUGGUGGCCUCAGCAUUAGCGGGCAGAGGACAGGAGCUGGGACAGCCGGCCUCUGUGGAAUGUUGCCUGGCAUGGUAGAGCUGUUUGGAGUCAGGUUGUGAGUCGUGGUCCUGAAGCUCCCUUCCCUGUUUCCUCUGAUGCCGCAGUGCUCACUGAUUUCCCUUCAAUGAUCAGAGAACCAAGAGGGAAUGUCCUACGCUCCCUUCUCUGAACUUUCCCUUUCACUCCCCAGUGUUCCUCACUUCCGCUUGUUCUCAAGGCUAAAGGACUGAGACACAGGGGAAGAUGUGGGGUGCUUGCAGCACCUGGCUGGGGCCCCUGGAUGGACAGCUCACGGUCAGCCCCCGGGAACCAGCUGGCCAGAGAAAAGUGCCCAGCGCCCCAAGGAUACUGCACUGUGUUCUUGGUCCCCCACUCGAGACCUGACUGGUUUUGCUUGUGGUUCCGGAGGUGGAGAUUAGUGAUGGGGAGGGGCUGGCUGACAGGAGGAAGAAGGAUGGAAUUAAAGAUUUACAUCCACUAAUGGCAGAGCCCAGUUCCACUCCACUCGCCUCUCUCCCAGCUGCUUAUCAUGGCAGUGACUAAACAAUCCGUAGAUGGAUUUGCAAGUUUUUAAUUUGCAACCUCACUUUGGGUACUGUUCUAACAGCAGUACCGUGUGGCAAGGCUUGGGCCAGUUUGGGACUUGGAAGAAGGUGAAGGGGAGGGCUGAAGACCUGGGUGAAGGGAGUGACCAGCUAACCAGACUCCCUGAGGAGUCUGUCACCCACAGCAGUCGUUCUGAGGACAGUGGCUCAGCUGGCUGGGGUGGCAAAGGGCGCCCCAGACAAACAGAGAGACUGAACCCCAUCCCCAACACUUAGCAGGGAUCUGAUUAUGGGCAGUUCAUUCAAUUGCCCCCAAUUAUAGACUCUCCAGGGGGAGGAACACUGGAUUUGGAGUCAGGAAACCUGGAGACUUGACUCCACACUUCCCAAGCUUGGUGGCUCUGGCAAGCCACAUGGUCUCCCAGGCCUGAGGUUCCUCAGGUGUAAAGUGGAGUGAUGUCUUCAUAACUACCUCACAGAGCUGCGGUGCGACUGUAACUGGAUUAGCGGAUGAAAACGCUGUAGAAACUAGAAAGCACUACACAAAAGUGGGAGAUCCUUGUUAUUAUCAACUUGUUAAUGUGUCCCACUGCCUCUUGAACCUGCUUUAUUCUGAGCGACAGUGACAUCUUCCACACCUUUUGGAGUAGGGGGAAUUGCAGCAUGGUAUGAGGGAGGGACUAGAAGUAUUUCACUUGCACCCCAAAGGAGAGAGAAGGUUGAUGGCAGGUGUCAUUGCCAGGGUUGUACGUGAUGGGGUGUUUCCCUACAUUGUGUUGACAGUACCUUGGCAGAAUCCUUGCAGAGGGCUUAGGGCUGGACAUGGGAGGCAGUGAACGGUGGCUAAGAAUUGAGAGGAGGAUCUGGGGUCUGCUACCUUCCGGCCUCCACUGGGCUGCGGGAGGCCAAGACCUAAGGUAUCACUGGGGGCCCUGGAGAGAUGACCGGCCCAGGCUCCAAGAAUUGCCCUGCCUUCGCCGUGAGAGACAAGGGGGUAGAGUGCCACCCAUCACCAUCAGCUGGCCAGGGAGCAGCUACCAUCACCAGCAACCCCAGCCCCGGCCAGCAUUGUUUCUACUAAGGAAGGAAGGGACUUAGCAUCGAGGCCUUUUAUCAGCACUUGGAGGCAGGAAAUGCAUCUCACCAAUCUUUGUAUCUUUCAUACCAUCUAGUAAGGUGCCUUGUACAUAGUUGGUGCUUAAUAAAUGUUGCUUGUGCUUCAUUGGCCUCCAAUCCCACAAGAAUUAUGCUCCAUUGCCCACCAGGUGAUAUUUUUAGAAAACGACACUGAUUAGAUGCCAGCUGCAUGCACCUUUGGGGAGGCUGUCCGUCCGUCUGGCCUUCCUUUCAGCUGGGAGGGGAUUAGAUGGGCUGUCUCUUCCCCCUCCCAGACUUGCAACCCUGUGAUCCUGAAUCGUUCUCGUUCCCUCUGACCAGGGUGGCCAGGGUUCCCAACAGCUUUUGCUGUCUUUGGUUCUGGGUGCACAGUUCUGGAUUUCUCAGGAUAAGGUAGGGCUGGGGAUGUUACUCAUGAUAGAGAGCUGGCCUCACAGGUGCAGGCUGGCUCCGCAAAAUGAAAAAAAAAAAUGUUGAAGAGGGGUAGGAAACCAGAGAGGUUAUUUUAAAACAUUAUAUUUUCUCCCCAGAAUCAGUGGGAAAAGAGAGGUGGAAAUGCAGAGGAGGAUGCUGAGAUAGCACAGCAGGUUCUCCGUGGGCUUUUCUGUACAUUCGUGUGCGUGUGCAUACUUCUGAGCACAGACUGGGCAGCACAGGGCAGCAAGCCAGAGCACACUGUGCUUUGGGAGCAGCCAGCCCAGGAUGGAAAACUAUGGACAGCUUCAAUGCGGGGAGAUAGGAAUUGGCUGUUCGAUGAGAUGAGAUGCACAGAAAUACACUUUGAAAGGGAAUUUUAUUUUAGUACCAAAUGUUGCCAGUGACAAUCCUUAGUUAAGAAAUGAUUCUGACAUAAAAUUCUUAUCUUUGCCAUUUUGUUUUAAGGGGAACAAACUCUAUAUACAUGGAAAAUAAUACCUAUAUUUUAAUUAAGCCUUCAUCUUAAUUCUGUUUCAUUUUUUUCCAGGAAAAUGAAUAAGCAGGAUUUUUUUCUUUGCAUUUGAAAAUGUAAAAUACUUGCAUGCCACCAACCUGUAUAUCUUACCAGUUCAGAUGCCUGUAAUGUGUGACCUUUUGUGUAUUGUUCAGUGUACUGUUUUGAAGAGAACAAAAGACAAUACUUUUGUAAACUGUAAAUGGUUUAAACUUGUAUUGGCAACAUCUGUUUGGCUAAGUAGUUAUUGAAAAAACCCAUGUGGUUUUAUUUUUCAUUUGAAACUUUUCCAUCAAAGCCAGCCAACUGGUUAGGAAUAAAGACUAAUUUGCCAGGGCUGGGGAUGCAACUCAGUGGCAGAGUACUUGCUGAUGCCCUGGGUGCAAUCUCCAACCCUGAAAAAGAGACUAAUUUGCCUUUUAAAUGUGAAGUUGAACAUUUGUGGUAAAUGUGUAAAAAAGCAAAAUGUAUGAAGUGUUAAAUAUUAUUAUUCUGAUACCCUGGUUGGCCCAAAAAGGUGCAAUUUUUGGCCCUUUGGAAUUAGCCCCAGACGUAAUGCUAAGGUAAAUGUAAACUGUUUUAAUUAACCACAGUCUUUCUGCUUUCAAAGAUGUAAUAUAUUCAUUUGUGUCUGGAAUGAGGUUUCUAAAUGAAAAUGUAAAGAAUACUGGGAAUUAAUAAACUCAACUUCAAAAGUGGAAGUAAA